AGGCAUUCACCCCUGUAAUUAAUAUUUCCUUUCCACAUUUUUAGAAGUUUGUCUCUCUCAACGUCCUAGCGUUGUAUGUUUUCUAGUUUCUCAUAGAAAAGAACUCCUGAUGUUGAUGUUAAACCAAUAUAAUUGUCGAAAAGGAAAGCCUCCGAACUAUGAUAAUGCGGAAAUCGAAAAUAUUUUAGAAAAUUUUUUUAGCAUUCCUAUCAUUACGUCCUUUAAAUAACUUGUUUCUUUCCCCGUUUCACGACUUGUUCCAGAUUUUAUGUUGAACGAACAACAUCUACGCAUACAACAAUUCUCCCUCACGACCAAUAGACGUUGAAUGCACCAUCUGCCGUGAUCCACGGCUCGAAGAUGGUUGAAAUCAAACCACAGUGGCAACCAGCACCUCCAGUGGCGGUGAACAAGUUGAAGCUGUGAAAGAACGCGUGAUAAUAGGAAUUCAGCAGCCUGCUCGGCGAGUAGACAAGGUACUUAUCAGACCAGAAGAUGAAGAAGUUUUUAUGAACUGCAAAAGUAUCGUACUAGUAUAAAUUACAUGACAAAUUUCCUCAGCAUGACAAAUGCAAUUUGUCAUGCUGAUUUGCCUUGGGAACGAGAUUUGUAAUGCGUGUCUGCAAUUACUACGAGUGCGAUACUUUUGCACAGGAUAGUUUUUCGGCGGCGACGAUUUUUUUGGCGACUCGGAGGAUGCAACCGGCGUCUGGGGCGCCGCGGCCGGCGACCAGCACAUCCACCAUGUAUGGAUUGCAAAAAUGUCUGGGUCUGGAAGAUUGCAACUUGCCAUGCUUAAUCCGAAUCAUGCAGAAAUCUGUGUUGCAUGAGUGCCAACCGCUGUCCACUUUCGACCAACUUUGGUGGAGGGAGUUCCUCAUACAGGAUAGGCAUGGCAGAGACCUCAAAGACCACUCUGUCAUGCUAGGUCCCGCAACAUUCCAGACCUCAUACAUAGGUCAUAGAAAACCUGCAUGACAAGUUUCAUUCAUCCAGACCCAGACAUAUUUGCAGUUGAUACCAUGCCGACAGCCACGAUUUGCAUCUGAUGAAGCCGGGGCACCAGAACCACCGCACCGACUCCGCGGCCGCCGCGGCCCUAGAGCACGUGCACCAACACGCGCACCAGCACGGCUACCACCGCAUGGGCACGGCCGCGGACCAGCGAAAGUCCGCGCAGGGCGUGGUUGGCGGCGCCGCGGCGUACCGGAAAUCGGGCCAGGGGGUAGCAGCAGCGGCUGCGUACCGGAAGUCGGGCCAGGGGGUCGCUGCACAAACCGCGUACCGGAAAUCCGGCCAGGGAACAGCAAACGCGCUACCCCACUACCAGCAGUCCGCGUAUGGAGGCCACGGGGCUUCGCAGCACGGAAGAAACGCCUCGCAGGCAGGACACCAUUAUGGACAGCACGGUGGGCAGCACCCUAACCACUCCAUUGCACACCACUCGGCGCUAUGCAUUGCAAGAGUAUCGUACUAGUAUAAAUUGCACCACAGAUUUUGACACGAAGAGACGUGGAAUUUGUGAUGCUGUUUUACCUUAAGGAAGAGAUUUGUCAUGCAUAUUUGCAAUUAGUACGAGUAGGAUACUUUUGCACAGGAUAGGCGCAUGCCUCCAUGCAUCGUAGCAAAACCGCCGACACCUCGCACAACAUUAUGGCGGUCGACUAUGCGAAGCACAAGAAAGAUAUAUUAAUAUCAAAUGCAAGUAGGUCUGGGUCUGGAAAGUUGGAACUUGUGAUGCUAACUUUGGACUCUAAAAACAUCUGCAUUGCAUGACCAGCAAGAGGAGUCCAGUCUGUGCUACGCGGGGAGGGCGUUCUUUGUCAUGCGGAAAAGGCAUCAAGAAGCACUCAGAAAUAUAUCUGUGAUGCUAGGGAAUACAGGACAGACGCCACUGGCCAUGUAAAAUCUGCAUGACAAGUUGCAACCGCUCAGACCCAGACAUAUUUGCAUUUGAUAAUUAAGGAAACGCACCAACGGUGAAAGGCUCGACGAGGACGACCUCAGCGAGGCGUCCAAUAAGGCCUCUCGCAGAACUAUGGAAGCGUCAGGUUUGAAAUCGUCAAAGUUGAAAUAAUCUGUAAUGCAUAAAAUGCCUGGCCCGAGGUACGUGUGUUGCAGAGCAGGCAAGUGAGGCCGAUUGUAAGCCUGUGUGGGGUUACAGCUCGAGCUGCUAAACUAGCAUGAGAGAAUCGCUCUUCUUUGCGUAAAUAGCAUGACAAACUGGAUUUAGGGACCACCGAAAUUUGUCAUGUGCCACUUGGAAACUGGGUCCCAACUGGCAUCCAUUUUAUGCAUGACAAAUUAUUUCAACUUUGUCGAUUUCAACUCUGACACAUCCAUAAGAACCGGGCGCGCCACGAACCGGUCGCAAAUCCGGGACAACCUGAGUAAGAUCAAGAUGGAGAAGAAGACGAAGCUUCGGGCGUGCCUGAACGACGGCACACCCAUCGGCUUCCACUUGGGCAGUAAGUCCCUUCCGGAAAACAUGCUGCACAAAAUCAAGCACGAAUGCCCCGAACUCGGGAAGCUUGAUUUGGGCGAAAUCAUCUGCUAUUCCACCUGGGACGAUGAGUAUGCAAAACUUUUCGCCGAGUACUUGGCGAAUGAGCAGUGGUUCGAGUCCCUGUGUUGCUGCUGCGCGCCGGCGCUGUGCUGCGGGUGCCGGCAGAAAAAUCCCGGCACGGACGGGACGAAGCAAAACGCGGCGUUUAUCAUCUUGAGCUGGAUCGGGUCGAUUCUUUUGUUCCCGCUCUAUCUAUUCGCGUUUGUCAUUCCGUACUGCUGUGGGCAGCGCGGGACCGCCGAUAAAGACUUUAAGUACCCCGACGGGAUCCAGAUGUGGGGCGCGAGGCACGUGUACCACAUGGUGUUUGAACGCGCCUACGUGCGGCUGAGCUACUACCCCGCGGGGAGUAACCUGGUGUGGAAACAGAAGCGCUUCAACCACGCGGCAAAGAACAAAAGUAGAAAAGCUGGUGGGGAUAAUACUUCCUCCGAUAGCGACACCGACCUCGAGAGGGGACGGCUGUUGGAUUUGAGCGACGACGAAGACGACUAUUUCCUAGAGGAGGCGGUGUUGCUGGACAUCUACUACAAGUUCAGCGAAGAGGUUUCCUUCCUCGGGCCGCUGAAGGACAUAGGCGCGGGGUACCACCCGGAGGGGGGCAAGUACCCGGAUAUAACCGAGUCCGGGAUCAAUUCCUAUAUCAAAAAGAUCCCGGGCAUGGUGGUGGUCCACGGAAAGAAUAAAGAACUCGAGUUUCUGUCCGAGUCCGACAUACUCUCCGAUGCCAGCAAACGGACCGGCGCGGCGACGUCCACGGAGUCAGAAACAGAAACAGAGACCGGCGCGACUAAGAAGCAAAAAUCACCUUCCCGCGCCACAGAUCAAAAGUCCGACGGCGUGCGGCGCGAGCUGGACAGUCGGGCGACCGGGCAUAUGGAAUUCUCAAUUGUUGCAUUCUCAACUGUUACAUGAAUUUGUGAUGCAAGAAUGGCAAAAGUGAAAGGGAAAAGGUUGCGCCUUUUGCAUUACAGGCUUGGAGCAGAUUAUAAUGCUAUCUAGCGCGUCGAGAACUUGUGAUGCAAAGAAGGCUUGAUGGUGUGCAGAGCAAUAGCGUUUUUGCAUGACAAAUCAUGCAACAGUUGAGAAUGUAACGUUUGAGAACCCCAUAGGGCAAGGCAGUCGCGUCGAAGCGGAUGUGGACGCUGUUGCCGCGAAAGCGAUGAGCAAAAACCGCGCUGAGGGGGAGCGGGAGAACUUGUCGCGAUUCGGCGAAGAAACGGGGAGCAGCGCCAGCGAACAGUCGGACACCGGAAAUUAUGACAAAGGCCCUCGCAGCCAGGGCUCCCGGAAAACCGACCAGAUCGGAGCAGCUGCCAAAGAACCAACAAGCAAAGCCUCCACGGUACCGUCGCGCGCGACGCACCGCACUGAUUGGAGUAAGCGAAGUUCUGGCGGCUAUGAGUGGUCCUCGUUAGAGAUGAAAAAGCAGAAGCGAGAAGACAAGGUGUUUUGCGCACAGGUCGGGCCGUUUAUGAAGGCGUUAGAGAAACAGCGGAAAAAAGUGAUAGACCAGAUCCGCGCGACCCGAAAGGCCAAAUCUCGGGGCACGCAACUGCGAUCGAAGGUGUCGCGGGGCCAGCGGUCAAAACAGACGGGGACGGAGGUUGCUACAGACACCAAGAAGAAGUCGGAUGUCAUGGUGGUCGUGGAGGUCAGCGGCGAGGGCAAAGUGCAGAAAUCGCACGGCGAACCGGGCGCAAAAAUUGGGGGACCGAGUAGUGCGAAAACUGCCGGGACCGCCAGCGAGGAAUCCGAGCCGGGAAGCAGCGCCUUCGCUUCUGGCGGUUACAAAACCCAAAUAGAUAACAUCGGAGGUGGGGGACAUCACGGUCAACAUCACAAUAUUCCACCGGGCGGGACAUCUGCAGCUGAGGCAGCGAAGAACGCUGCGGCCACCGGGGAGCAGUACUCAGGCCAUUUUGCGCACGAGAAAAAAUCCGACGACUUCAGCGCCCAGGGCAACUCCAUCGCGGGCAGAUCCGACAACUACGACAUGCUAAAGAGCGGCAACAUGACCUUCGGCAAAGAUGCCGCAAGUUCGGCCGCCGCCAGGAGCGCUGCGGCCGCAUCGAUGAAAAGCAACGCGUCGGCGAAAAGCACUAAUUCCACUUCAUCUGCGAUGAAAAGUACUAGCGCCGCAGGUGCCAGAAAGCCGAGCCCGGCUUCUGGUGUGAAAAAGGUAGCGAAUGCGCACGGGUUUGUGAGGCAAGCGUCUAAGGAGGCGGAACUGCACAAGAAAAAGACGAAAGCGGGGAGUGCCGCAUCCAAGGCCCCCGCCCACGAGAAAUCCGCCGAAACACUAGCGAGGGGUACCCGGCAGACGGACAGUGUGCCCUCCGUGAUUGUACAGGUGAGCGAAGACGAGCUAGUCAUAUGAAAUGCAAAUAAGUAUGUCUGGGUCUGGAAGAAUCCAAACUUGUCAUGCUAAAUCCGAAUCAUGCAAAAAUCUGUAUUGCAUGACAGAGACCUCACACAGUUUCUGAUGCUGGAUAGGCAUGACAGAGACCUCACACAGUCUCUCAUGCUAGGUUCCGCAUUCCAGAAGCAGACCUCAUAGGUCAUGAAAAACUUGUUUUACACUCUUCCAGACCCAGCCAUAUUUGCAAUGCAUAAGUCAGCUCGAGUGGCAACUUCGCGAUCGAUCCGGCGCUGCUUGCCGACGCACAGGAAGCCGCGGAGCAAAAGAAACUAAAUCGACAAAUGAGUUAUGAGAAACAGAAGAAGAAAGCGCUAGGAAAAGCGAUGAGCAGAUCGCUGUCAAAAGAGAAACUACAGGACCCGCAGUGCUAUGGAAGGAGUAAUUCAGGAGACGACGACGACUUCCUAACUUUGCAAUCGAAUGCCAACCCAUAUUACAACGACGACAAGUAACAAGUAUUUCGGAUUUCCAAUUGAAUUAGCAUUUUGCAUUUUUUUUUCAACAAUAGUAUACAUAGCUACAUUUUCAUUUUCCACUUUACAUUCGCACAUUCAUACUUUAGAUCAACCUUUCAAAACUUGCACCAUUUUGCUAUUCCCUAUACGUCGCAUUUUUCAGUUUUUCGCCGACCGGCGUAAUUCUUUACACGCACAGAAGAGAAGUUUUUCUCAGUUUCCACUUUUAGGUAUUUAAAGACAGCUGUAACCCAGCUGCUUUUUGAUUUUGCUCCUCGGUAAAAGCGUUAGUACUAAAGUUGUAACAGAAAAAAGGUGCACUACUUUUACACUGUAUUUUUAAUCUUGCAGUGAAAGAGUAGCGAACUUAGAGAAACGCAACGACCAGAAAUACAUCCGAAAGAAAAUUUGUCAUGCUUUUAUCCAGAACUUUUCCCGCAUUUGCUUUCCCCCAUCAUUAGAGAAAACUCUUUUCAAUCUCUCAUCUGAAAGAAGGAAUGAAGCGAGGUGGCUCAACAUCAUCGUGUGGGGCAACGAAACUCCUACUUUCAGUCGUCCGCAGUAAAUUUCUUCAU